AUGAAUGGGACAGCAGUGACACACGGCGGACCGUUGGUCUCGUCCAUUGAAUUCGUCCUUCUCCAUCCAUUCCUCCAAGGACAACACAGCUUAAUUGCAGCGUUGAUCGUGCUAGUGGCCAGUGCCUUUUUCAUAUUGAAUGCGCAAGCACCGAAGAUCCCCAACCAUUCAAUCUACUUCAAGAAUAAUGAAGGUAAGAAACUCCAGCUGAUGGCUGGGGACACGAGAUUUCGCAGGUUCCUCAAUGGCAAAGAUAUGUCCGAAGAGGGUUCCGUCAAGUUCGGACAAGACCCAUUUAUGGUGAAGAAUGGAAGGAGGAUGGAGCUAGUUAUCUCAACCCCAGAGCAGGUUACAGAUUUUCUUGCUAAAGAUAAAACGGACCAUAUGAAGCGGUCUGAUUGCAACUUGGGGGACUAUUUUGUACGGACAUUGGGUAGCCGUGUCGGUGUAAAGAGCGGAGAGAAGUGGAGGACUGCUCGGCACCAUCUGGAACCCCAUUUCUCCUUCCCCACGGCGGCAUCGAUGCUCUCAAAUUGUCGUGAGAUGAUUCUCAACUGGGCUCAAAACCUAGCCGAUGAUCCCAUGGUUACUUCAAAAACGAGAAAUGGUUUCGAUUUUGAUGCUGUUUCAACUUGUCGUCAGCUUCCGUUCCGGAUGAUUGCAUUGGCACUGUACAAAGAUAUGCUCACUGAAGAUAGCUUUUACCGCUGGCUGCCAACAGAAGCAAACUCUCUGUUGAGUGAGUAUGAACAAGAAUGGGAAACCCUCAACCUCAAGACUAUCAUGGAGGCAAGAAAGACCGGGAAAUCUUGUCCUGCUGAAGUUAUGUAUCAAGGAGUGGAAGCUGGGGAGCUCACAUUGGACACAUAUAUGCAAUCAUUGGACGAAAUCCUUUUCACAAAUAUUGAUGUGACCUCGGCCAUGAUGGGCUACGCAUUGAUCAGCGUUGCGAAAAAUUUGGAGGUCCAAGAGUCCCUUCGUUCCGAGAUAUUGACUGUCGGCAAAAGUGCCGCAGAGAUUGCUGAGUAUACGCGAAAAGAAGAUACGAUACUUCACAAGACAUACUUGGAAGUACUCCGAAAUAACCCCCCAACAUGGUACUCCCUCCCCGAGCUUACGGCUAUAGAUAAGCGAAUUGGGGGCUAUCUAAUUCCCGCCGGAACCGCUGUUGUGUUAGAUCUUCAACGACUGAACAAAGAUUCACCCGUUUGGCAACCGGACGGUAGCGAAUUCCGUCCUGGACGCUGGGACUCGAUUUCAGCAGUCGCAGCGCGGUACAGUCUCCACGGCUAUGGCAUGGGACCCCGGAAGUGUUUAGGCAAGAACUUUGCCAACAUAAUCAUUAAGCUUCUUCUAGUCGCAACACUGGAAGAGUUCACGCUUAGCGCGGGAACCCACGAGACCAAGCUGAGAAAAGAUAGGUUCACUCGUACGCCAGAUGAUGUGGUCUCAUUUCAGCUGCGAAGGAGUGGAUCUAAGUGA